AUGCAUACACGUUACACCGUAGUGACGGCCAGUGGCUUGCUUGAGUGUGCGCCACCAGUAUUGCCGGGCUUAGUAAAACGCGCGGACGUCGUGACACUCAGGCAAAGAAACAAACAAGCAGUCAUGAGGAGUAGUGUGCAGUUCGCGUAUUUACUAGCAUGCAUCGCCUUUGCGAGCGCUGGCAUUUUGCUCGAGCAGGCGCCCCAGUGUCCUGAACAACAUGGAGUACAGGCCUACGCCCACCCGGAGCUAUGUGAUCAGUUCUUCCUUUGUACCAAUGGCACGCUAACAGUAGAAACAUGUGAAAAUGGCCUGCUAUUCGAUGGAAAGGGAGCCGUUCACAAUCACUGUAACUAUCACUGGGCUGUUGAUUGUGGAGAGAGAAAAGCUGACCUGACGCCGAUAUCGACGCCUGGCUGUGAAUACCAAUUCGGUAUCUACCCGGACAGUCACGAGUGCUCCACGAGCUAUAUUAAAUGCGCCUAUGGGGUCCCCGAGCAGGAGCCUUGCACACCCGGUCUUGUUUAUGACGAGAGGAUCCAUGGAUGCAACUGGCCAGAUCUCCUCCAGCCGUUCUGCAAUCCUGAAGCUGUCAUCGGUUUCAAAUGCCCAACGAAGGCGCCGUCGCACUCCCAGUCGGCCAAGUUCUGGCCUUUCCCACGCUUCCCGGUACCUGGUGACUGCCACAGACUAAUCACAUGCGUGGAAGGCCAGCCUCGACUAAUCACCUGCGGUGAGGGCAAGGUCUUCGACGACCAGAGCCUAACAUGCGAGGACCCAGAGCUGGUGCCACACUGCGGGCACGCG